CGAAAACCUAAAAUCAUCAAACGAAACCUUAGAGAGAGAAACCAAAACUUAGAGAGAGAGAAAGAGUGCUGCUGCUCCAGAAGAGAGAGAGAGUGCUGCUGCUCCAGAAGAGAGAGAAAGAGUGCUGCUGCUCCAGAAGAGAGAGAAAGAUAGCAGUCUCCUCAUUCGCGCUUUUGAGUCCACUUUCCGUGCGCGUGUACAUGAAGUCUUUUUAGAGAGAGAAAGUUAGAGAGAGAAGAUAGAGAGAGAGAGGCUAUCGCUUCUAGAGCUGUAAGCUUUCAUCUUGCUUUCCUCUUCUUCUCUCAUUAGUUUCUUAGGGUUGCCAUCUUCAUUAACGAGAGGCCCUCCUCCGGAACAUGCUGGUCGCGAAGAGCGCGACUCUUCAGAAUCCGGUCAGAUUCGAGUCCUUUCUCUCUCUAGAACCCUAUGAAAUUAAUGGAUGCAAUAGAAAAAGAGGUCGGUACAAGCUCACUGAUUCUAUUCUCAGAUUGGGAUUCGUUCUCGUUGUCAAUGUUGUGAUUAGUUUCAUUCUCCAAAAAGGGGUUUUUUGAGUGCAAAGGUCUUAUCUGAGUCGAGAGUUCAUUAUUCAAAAAGGGGGUUUUUUGGUUGUAAAGGUCUUGUCCUGUUCAAGUGCGCAAUCUACCAAGUUAUUAUCACUAUCCGGAUCACUAUUUUUUUUUUUUUGGGGUUAUGGAUGUGAUGGAGCUUUUGCCUUCAAAUGUUGCGGUAUCUAAGCUUUUAGCUACUGAGGGGUUUGGAAGAAGUGAGGAUACUGUUGUUAGGAGAUCCAUGGAUGCCCCAGUUUUCAGCAACCUUUCAGCUACUAGUUGCAGUUCUUCGCAAGAUACACCAAACAUAGAGAAUCCUCCUGAACUGAAAUCUGUCUAUAGCAACAAGAGACAGACUGACAUUGAACAAUCCACACCUGCUAAUGUCCUUAACAAAUCUGUUUUGGAUAACAACACAAAAAAAUUCCUAAAUGGAGGGAGAAACAGUUCGCUUACAAGGUUGCCAGACUCUGUGGGCAAACAGUUGCGGCGCAAAGGCGGGAAAGUGCCAAGAUGCGAUAGCCCUGUUUUGAAGAAAUCUAGAACCGAUCGUGGGGUAGAAUCUGUUGGCCUUGUCAAAGUUGAUGAUGUUGUUCAAAUGUCUGUUGAAAAUGGACUUACAUGUGCUUCUGCUGAUAAAUCCCGAGUAGUCAAGUGGAAGCAUGGGCGAGAUGGUAAACGCGCUGAUAAGAGAAAUUGUAGAUCAACUGCUAAGAAUAAACUUGAUUCCUUUAUUCCAAGGGCUGGUUCAACUGGCUCCAGUUCAACUGUGGCAGGAAAUAACAUUCUUGGUCUUUAUGGCCUCAAAUCUGAGGUUCAUGACAUUUCCAAGUACAUGAGUGACAUGUCACUGAAAGCUCUUGUAAAUGGUAGUUGCAAAAGUGGUGAAGUAUCCAAAUUUAAAAUGAAGCAAAGCAGUAAUGCAAACGAAAAUAUUCUCCUCUCAGUCAAAGAAGCUUGUGCUAUUCUUGCUCCAACUCUGCAGUCUGGAGCUACUGAUGGAUUCGAUACUCGUUGUGACGGAAAGGCCCAUCUAUCUCCCCUGACCUGUGGUCUUCAAGCUGCACAUGAAAACGAUUUUGAUGUCAAAUCAGAAGCUAAGGAAGCAUCUUCAUCAGAAGGAAAGGAGCUAUUUGAUCACUCAGAAGCAUUGCAUACUCUGAUGUAUAACCUGCAACUAUGUGAACCCCAAGAGUUUCUUCAACGUUUAGCACUUCCACAGGUCAAGACCUUGGACUCCCUUCUAUCACAAGCACCUACUACUGCAGAUUUUCAGAGAGUUCCUGAUCAGUUUUCAGGCGUACCAACAUCUCUGGGUGCUAGUUUACCGCCUUUUCCUUGGUCAUUGACUCCUAACGUGACAUGUAAACCAAGUUCUGAUCCCAACAAAUCAUCUGCAAAUAAGAACACUUUUCAACGUAGAUGGAUCAGAAUAGGAGCCAAUAACAAAUGUUCUUCACACCUUGAUUCAAAGCCAUGUGAACGCAUUGGUGUAUCAUCAAAGUUACAAAUAGUUGAUGGUCCCAUUGAAGUAUCCGAUGGUGUUAUUAAAUGCACUCCAUCAUCACAAAUCUUUGAUCAAAUUGAUCAAAAUGAGGGUCUUAAUACUUCUAGCUCUUGUGAUCCAUCAGAUGCAUGUUUUGCAGAGAGGCAUUUGAAUUCCUGGAACAAUCCUUAUUCUACAUCUUGUUGGAACAAGCAUUUUCACUUUGGAGCCAAUGAUUCUCAUGACAUGAAGAACCAUCAUGGAAAUGAGCAAUUCUGUAUGGGAAAGGGUUCAAUCUCUCAAAAAAUUGAGAACAUUUUUCUUUCUACAUCAAAGUCAAAAUUGCCGAAGCCUGAGUAUACUCAUGGUGCUUCCACUUCUCCAUCUAAAUUUGCUGCUGAUGGAUGUGAUCUGGGACCAGAUAAAAACUCCAAACAUGUUUAUAGAGAUGUGGGUCAUUCUCCCAGGCUAGUGGCUGCAGCAGAAACUUUGUAUGAGAUUGCAAGUUGCUCGAAGUGCUCAUCGGGGAAGCAGAUUCAAAGCCAUGGAAGCAGGAGAUUACCCUCUAAACAGCAGCCUAAGGCCAUGAAAGCUCCAAAGAGCAGACCCUCUACAGUGAAAGAUGAAGCUUGCACUGCCAAAGCCAAACCUUUGAAAGUGAAGCCUGCUACCCAUCCAAACAAGAAAACAGGCAAGGCAUCUUUGUACCCAAAUGAAGAAUCCAAUAACAAAAGGACCAUGACAUUGGUUAGUGACCUUCAUCUCCGAGGACCGAUAAAAUGGCCAGUUCCCAAGUACCCCCUAAAGCUCGAGGCAAAUGCAAAAUCUUUGAAUAUGGAAUUUGGGAACUUGUUGGCGUUGCUUCCAUCCACUUCAAGUGGGAACCAGAACUUUAACAACCCACCACAAAAGCUAAAGAAAGUGGUGGUCCAUGUUGGUCCCCAGAGUAAAGAUAUGGCAAGGGGGAGGAGUAAGAAAGACUGACGCCCCAAUGCAAUGCCAAUUGGUAUCUUUCUCUUGCUCUCUGCAGUUUGGGAUCGAUCUCUCUCUUUCUGUGCAUAUAUUUGAAUCUGGAAGCUCAUGUUUUGUGGCCAUUGGCCGUACAUAUGUAACAAAGAUAAUAUUCUUGCGGUCAAGGUAUCAGAGGUUGCGAUGAAAGAAAAAAAUGGGGAAAUUGUUCACUUCUGAAAAAAAACGAGCACGGGGAAAUUGUUAUGAGAAGAUGAUGCUGAACUGUUUAUCAAGAAAAGAAAGAGGAUGAUGCUGAAUUUGUAUGUUUGUGUUGGAAGCUGAAGUACGGCUGCAAGUGAAGAAAUGGAAGCAUGGGGUUGGGGUUGCUGCGAAAUUCAUUGGAUGCACUUUCUCUUUGUAUAGAGAAUUGGGGAGGGGCUUAUUAGUUUUCAUGUGAGAAAUUUGUAGAAGAUUAGUCUUUGUCAGAGAACUUGCACCAGGAUGGGCAACUGGCCGCCCCUCCAGCAUGCAAGGAAACUUUUAUUUUUAAUAAUUUAAGCAUCGGAAAUCUCUCAUUGUACAAGCACAGAUACUCAUGCAAUCUAAUCUCGCGCUGUGUUUGUGUGAAUGUACAAGCACAGGCACACAUGAGGUCUAUUUCCUCUCUGAUUCUCUCACUGGAAUAGUGGGCAUGUGUUUAUUUAUAGUGUGAAAAAUUAACGUUCGGUUUA